UGUGCGCAUGCGCUGUACAUGAAGCGCCGCUCUGUGGAAUAAAUAAGGGCAGGGAACCCGAACCGCAAUGGGACAACUCUUAUUUCGGUCCAAUACGGCCUAAAAAUAUCCCGAAAUGGCUUUUAUCCUUGACGGUGUUUCAUCAGAAGGCUUUUAGAGGGUGUUGGGGAUCUGUUUGGCUAUUGAAAGGGACUGAGAAAGUUUGGAAGGAGACGAACUUCAGGGACGCGCAGAGACGGUCAUGGAGGAUUUCGGUUCGGCGCUGGAGAAGAACGUGGCGGAUCUGACCGUGAUGGACGUGUACGACAUCGCCGCGGUGGUGGGUCAGGAGUUCGAGCGCAUUAUCGAUCAGUACGGAUGCGAGGCUCUGUCCCGCCUCAUGCCCAAAGUGGUCCGGGUUCUGGAGAUCCUGGAGGUGCUGGUGAGCCGCAACAGCAUCAGUCCAGAGACCGAGGAGCUGCGCCUGGAGCUGGACCGGCUCCGACUGGAGCGGAUGGACCGGCUGGAGAAGGACAGGAAACACAAAAAGGAGCUGGAGCUGGUGGAGGAUGUGUGGAGAGGAGAAGCCCAGGAUCUGCUGUCCCAGAUCGCACAGCUGCAGGAGGAGAACAAAACACUGCUCAGCAACCUGUCUGUCAAAGAGUGUCCAAUGACGGAAGAGGAUAUACAGAAACAGGAAGGCAUGACCGAGAGGGAACGGCAGGUGAUGAAGAAGCUGAAGGAAGUUGUAGAUAAACAGCGAGAUGAGAUCCGUGCCAAAGACCGUGAGCUGACGCUCAAAAACGAGGACGUUGAAGCGCUCCAGCAGCAGUUGAACCGGCUGAUGAAGAUCAACCAUGACCUGAGGCAUAAGAUCACUGUGGUGGAGUCCCAGGGUAAAGCGCUGAUCCAGCAGAAGGUGGAGCUGGAGGCGUCUGGUCAGGCGCGGCAGCAGGAGCUGGGUAACCUGCGACAGGAAGUGGCCCGUCUUAAGGAGCGCCUUAAAGAGCAGGGCAAGUCCAGCACUGAGACGGAGGAGCCUGUAGGACCACCUUCCCCUGCACAGUUGUCUAAAACGGCCCCUUCCUGGGGUCAGGAUUUAGCUUCUGAGCUCCUCGCUGGGGGCCUGGAGAUAGAGGAAGGUCCCCUCCAUUUCAUUCCCCGCACCGGGGCCCCAGACGCUCUGACAGAUGAUGGUGAGGAAGAGAAGGAUGACGAAGAUGCUGCAUUUUUAUGGGAGGUGCUGUGUGAUGAUGACAUGUCCUCUAAUGAUCUGAAAGACCCCAACCGCCCACGAUUUACCCUGCAAGAGCUGCGUGACGUCCUGCAUGAGCGCAAUGAGCUGAAAGCUAAGGUCUUCAUGCUACAAGAAGAAAUUGCGUAUUACAAAAGUGACGAACAGGAGGAGGAAACCGGCCCACCACUGCCAGACCCGUCUCCUACAUUUCGGCCAAGCUCACGCUCCAACUUUCAGCCCGAGUCGGGGAUAAAACGACUGAUCUUCACAGCCAUUAUGCCGAUGGUGGCGGCUGGGUUGAUUCCAGAUGACCCCACUUUACAGCCAAUCAGACGACUUAUUUCCCUUGUUUAGCUUCUUUUCCCGCGACAAAACCCGAGGCUCUCAGAGGAGGAUGCCGCAGAUGGGUGAUGGCUUCGGCUCGUGGGCGGGGAAAGAGGACGUGGACACAGAACAGGCCCAGGAGGCAUUACAGCACAUGUAACGAACACAACGCUCCACUAACCGCUAACCUGCCACAUUUACACUCCCUUUCAUGGCCACUUCCACAGCACUACGUCUGCAAGCAGAUGAGACAAGAGCUCACAAAGGGAACAUGGGGGACGGGGCCGUUUAGAGUUACUGAUAGAAUGUGGCCCUCACCUUCACCCAAAGAUACUGUGAGGGAGUUUUAUGUGCCUAUUUUGUUAUAUAGUUAGACUAUUGCAAACGACAAGUUACUGUAAGUAGAUGAAGCAGACAAAUAGAUUUCAGACAUUAUUCUGAUGACGUUUAAAGAGAAGAUGCCUUCAGUAGAUAAGAUACAUAUCUGUUUUAAUUCAAAUUGAAUUAUGUGCCUGAAGAAGAAAAUAGGGAUUUUAAUUUUUAGUUGCUACGCCCAGGGCAGAGAUUGUCUGAAAAGGAUGGUGGCAUUAUAUGUUGAAUUAUGUUUAAAACUUUUGAAAUUGCACAAAAGCCUGUUUUUUUUUUUUUUGGCACACAGAAAUAAUGAGAAUUUAAAGGAAUAUGAAGUAUUCAGAAUUAGAUUUCUGUUGACAUCCUUCAUGACAUGCUGUCAGUUAUCACAGAAAAUAAUUUUAACUUGUCCCUCAUUUUGUAA